UUCCACUCGCCUGGUACUCAAACAGCAUCUAAUCGGCCCAGACCUUGACAAAGCACUUCAACAGCUCGUAGAUAAACUGCGCAAAUUCCGCUCAAACAUCAAACCUGCCUGGAACUUCUUCAGAUAAAUCUGCAAUGAAGUGCUUGCUUGUUGCUCCGCUGCUGCUCGCGACGGCUCUGGCCGCCGGAUUAGCCGGAUUUGAGCCCGAGGGAGUUGCGAAGUUGAAGCAAGAGCUUAUUGAGCAGUUCAGCGCAGUUGCCCAGGGACUUCCUACUUUGGCGAGUCACAAUAGCCUGGGAAGCUCCGAAGCUCUGUUGAACGACUAUCUGGAUCUGGUUCUUCCAGACAUCAAUUCCGCAAUUUCAUCGGCAGGCUUUGAUCCCACGUCGCUGCCAGACGAAAAAAUCAAUAUUGGUAUUGGGCAUGUGAACCUGUCGCAAGGCAACUUGACCAAGCUGGCCACCAUCGAAAGAUAUCACAAUGUGACUGUUUCUUAUGACAGCGAUUCGAAGAAAGUGGCGCUGGAGUUUAUAUUGAGAUGGCAGGACUUGGAGCUGAUCUACAAGUUCAAGAGCAAAGUAGUUCUGAUCAGCUCAACCGGGCAUGUUGUGGCCAAUGUGGAGCACUUGAAAAUCCAUCUGAAGCUGGCCUUCGACCUGAACCUGGCGCAAGUUGAGGUGCAGAGCCUGGACUUCAAGCACACUGGGGACAUUGCCCUGACGUUCACUGGAGUGGGGGUGCUGGACUACAUCAUCGACGCCAUGAGCAACAGUUUCACCGGGAUUUUCCACAACCUGAUUCUGGAUAUGGUGAAGAAAGUGGCCAUGGACCCUGUGGAGGAGAUUGUGGAAGCCAUCAACCAGAUUCUGGAUAAUGCCUUGCGCCCCACUACCACACAUAACAGAUAAGUUCUAUAUUGUUGAGGCGGAUUCAUUUUUUUACAAACUUCUUGUUGGGUAUUUUGCCUCAAAAAUGUUUGUAAUUAAAAAAGACAGAAUUUC